UGAAGGAAGAGUGAGAAAGAAAGAGAUUGAAGAGUAACCAAAUGAAAGAGUGUGGUGUGGAGAGGGAAGAGAGAUUUGAAGGAACAGCAAAGAAAAGUUUCUAUAUUGAUGCCUUCUCUUUUACUGUAUGAAAUGAAAUGUGAGUGAGAGUGAUGUCAUUUCCCAUCACCUACCACUGAUAAUUCCAUUCCAUGCCUUCUUAUUAACCCCACCACACCAUUUCCCUCUCCUCAGUAUUUCAUGUGCCUCUUGUGUUGUGUUCUUCUUCUCCCAUUCCCUCCAACUGCAAAACAGGGCAUUUGCUGUGACUUUCUCUUUCUACUGUUUGGUGAGGAGGGGAAAAAGUGAAGUUUGUUGUUGAGUGUCUCAGAAGUGAAAUUUUAGAUUGGAACCAGACACCCUUUAGAGCAUUUGAGAAAACCCAGAUAGCAAAAUCUCACCUUGGUAAGGUUUUGAGUCUUGACAAUGGGGUGCUCCAAUGGCUUCUUCACAACCAAGAGGUCUUUGGCUGCAUAAGAGAUCUAGUGUUUAUGUUGCUUCAGGGCUGAAAAGGAGCUGAGGGAGGAAUCUCUCAAGGAUUUGAGUUGUGGACUGGUUUAUUUGGCAGCAGCAAAAUGGCAUCUGAUCUAAAUUCAGGGCUGUCCAAGAAAACGUUUGUUUUGGGAUUGAAAGUAUGGGUAUUGAUGGGGAUAAUAGUUGGGUUGUUCAUUAUAAUCAUUCUUGCGGUGCUAUCAAUAUGUCUUAGUUUAAGAAAGAAGGCCAGAAGAGUUGGUGGCAACCUUCCCCUUAGCCAUAUCUUAUCUGUUUCAGAAGAGAUCAAAGAAAUUAGAGUUGAUCAAGUCUCAUCAAAUAAUCACCAGCAAUAUGGUGCUUUUAUGAGUCUGAAUGACAAAUUUGGUGAUGCGGUGUCUGAAAAGGUUUCGAUCCAAACAAAGAACGGGGAUAAUAGUAGUCAAUCAGGCUCAUUUAGUCAUUUAGAGAAAGAUGUUUAUGGCACUCAAUCAGGUGAGGAGAGUGGUGCUAGGAGUUCUUCUGCUUACAGAUCUUCACAUCCAAUAACUGCACCAUCCCCUUUGACUGGUUUGCCGGAAUUCUCUCACCUUGGCUGGGGCCACUGGUUUACAUUAAGGGACCUGGAACUUGCAACCAACAGGUUUUCAAAAGACAAUGUUAUUGGUGAAGGGGGUUAUGGAGUUGUUUAUCGAGGUCAACUUAUCAAUGGGAAUCCUGUGGCAAUUAAGAAGCUCCUCAAUAAUUUAGGACAGGCUGAAAAGGAAUUUAGGGUGGAAGUUGAAGCUAUUGGUCAUGUGCGGCAUAAGAACUUGGUGCGACUUUUGGGCUUUUGCAUUGAAGGUACUCACAGGUUGUUGGUUUAUGAAUAUGUUAACAAUGGCAAUUUAGAGCAGUGGCUUCACGGAGCUAUGCGACAGCAUGGCUUUCUUACUUGGGAGGCUCGGAUGAAAAUUCUACUUGGAACAGCCAAAGCGCUGGCUUACUUGCACGAGGCAAUUGAGCCAAAAGUGGUGCACCGAGAUAUUAAGUCGAGCAAUAUUCUAAUUGAUGAUGACUUUAAUGCCAAAAUAUCUGACUUUGGGCUGGCUAAGUUACUGGGUGCUGGAAAAAGUCAUAUUACAACUAGAGUAAUGGGAACUUUUGGAUAUGUAGCUCCAGAAUAUGCCAAUUCUGGGUUGCUAAACGAGAAGAGCGACGUUUACAGCUAUGGGGUAUUGCUCCUUGAAGCAAUUACGGGAAGAGAUCCAGUGGACUAUAGCCGACCUGCAGCUGAGGUAAAUUUGGUUGACUGGCUUAAGAUGAUGGUGGGGUGUAGGCGAUCGGAAGAGGUGGUGGACUCCAACAUUGAGACUAGGCCAUCAACAAGUGCCCUUAAACGAGCCCUUUUGACAGCUUUGAGGUGUGUUGAUCCAGAUUCUGAAAAAAGACCAAAGAUGAGCCAAGUUGUCCGCAUGCUUGAAUCAGAGGAAUAUCCCAUACCUCGAGAGGAUCGAAGACGGCGUAAGAGUCAGGCAGGAAACAAAGAUCUAGAGAGCCAGAGGGAGACUUCUGAUACAGAGAAGAGUGAUAAUCCAGAUUAUAAGCCCAAUGGCAGAAGGGACUAAGGCAUGAGGCAUGUAAGGCUGGGGAUGUUGAAUUUCCAUUAUGAGGAACACAUGUGAACUGGCAAUUUUUGCAUUCUUUUGAGCAUCUGUAAGUUCCUAAGCAUGCUGCCACUUCUUAAAUCAAUGACAUGGAUGGAGUUGGAACCAGUUAUUUUGGAAUGGUUUAUAAUAUGUAUAUUUGUUGUUAUGACUUAGCUGUAGAUGUUAGAAUGUAGAUUGUAUUGUAUGAAUAUAUGGGAUGAAACAGCUCCCUUGCACUAGUGCUGUGUGUAAAGUUCAUUGCUAUUCUUGACUUUUGUCUUUUCAUUUGUUUUAUGGUCAUGAACUAGCCUUUGUUCUCUGGAAGAUAAAAAAAAGAAGUGCUUAUUGUCCA